GGCGCAGAACACUUACUAUAGCUGACUAUGCCGUCGUAGAACCCAGCAAGCUUGAUGAUACACGCUCCAUAGCGCCGAUGGUAUUGCCUCCAAGGGGACGAUGGUGUGUCGAUGCCUGGUUACGAUGAUGCAUCCUUUGCGGUCGAAUCGGUCCCGCUCGCAGAUGCCUGCAGGUUCAAGACAUUAGCGUUGAGCAGCGUGGGAUCCUCGCAGCCCUACCUAAUACCUGCCAGCACUCUCGGUAGGCUAGAGGUGAGCCUUGUUUCUUCCGUCCCCGCCGUUGCCCGAAGGCGGUCUAACAAUGUGAUAGCUCUCGCACGUCCCAUUCAUUGCCAAGCCCCUGCUGAAGACGCCGAGAUGGGCGGCUCAUCAUCUUCAAUUAUCGCAGACUUGACAUGGGCCACUGCCAUCAUCGUAUUGCGGAUGCUCCGAUGGAUCGCUCGCUCGUCACGCCUUGUUGUACUGCGGCACCGGAGAGGGGCUUCUGAGCUCGGGGCUGCGCUCGCGGUCCGGUGGCGUCGGCGAAGAGGGAGCGUGCCGACCAGCUAUAAUUACGAACAUAAUCGCGGUGGAAGGGCAUUCACGAGAUAGAAGAGCGUGGGUGAUGGAGGGAUUAACGUUGAGACGUGGUGUGGUGCGCUUCACGAGAACGGUAGAGCUUCGGAAGAAACAUAUGCCGCGCCGAGAUUGACGUGCCUAAUUUCAACACCCCGAAAACGGCGAGAGAUAUCCACGACGGCGCCGAAGCUCACAACUCCUUCCUGUUCCUGAACAAGACACAGUGCGUGCUGCUGUCGCUCACCGCCCGGCAUGGGGAGAGAGUGACAGACGUCUCUCCCCUCGGUAGGCAAGUGACGAGACAAGUUCUAGCCAGACAUGCAUUGGCGGGGUAGCUCCAGGCAUCCACUAUCAAGGAUGCAGCAUUCGAGAUGAUUUAUUUAUGGGGCUCGUAAAGCAC